AUGCACUGUCUUAAGAUUAUCCCUCUUACCAUUCUUACUGCGCUCACCACGGCAGCAGCCGUUCCUUCCCGCAGUGAUGUACAUGCUGUGGAGGCCGUGACGAAUCAUUUGGAACACCGUGAUUCUCAGCAGGUCGCCCAACAGGCCGUUCAGAAUGCCAUCACCGCUGCGAAAAUGCAAGCAGAGCAAGACGCAGCUGCAGAUGCUGCGACGAGACCCGGAAGCAACAUAUAG